GCCGUGCCGUCCCAUGCCGGAAUCCGCGGCUCGCCGCGCUGGCGUAAGUCUGUCGGGGCAAGGCUCCGAGAAGCUGCCGGCAUGGGUACCAGGACCCCAACCUCCGGGGCACCGCGAGGCGGCCUUCGGAGCGGCCUCCGAGCCGAGCCCCUUCGACACGUCGCCCCGCCUGAAGGGCUACGCCGAGAACCUGUGGCGGCGCUUCCCCGAGGUGUUCCUGGUGCUGGGGGCAUCUGGCAUGGAGGACGUGUCCUGGCAGAACGAGGCCGUCCACCACCGCAUCAUCGAGACGACCUCCUGGAAGGUCAUCGAGAUCGCGCUCCCGCGGCGGGGGCAGCCGCCCAGCAGCGCGUGCCUGGAGGACGCCGCGAGGGGGGCGGACGUGCAGCUGUUCGGGCAGGGCGCGACCUCCGACUCGGACCUUGAGACAGACGGUGACUUGCACGACUACGUCGAUGAGGAGAUACGGACGACCCACGGAAUGGCGAUGCUCAGGCAAGAGACGCAGGCAACGUGGACCGCCGCGUCCACUGCAGCACCACUGCUGGCGGCGAGCACAGGGGCGGCCUCAUCGACAAGCGGCGCGACAGCGGGGGCUCCCGCGGCGCCCGCGGGGACAGCCUCGACCGGCGCAGCAGCGGGUUCAGCGUCCGCAGCAGCGUCCACAGCGCCUUGCACAGCGUCAGCGCCACGGAGCACCAGACGAGCGGGGGCAGCAUCAGACGCGAGAACCACGACGGCAGCGCGGAGGAGGCCUCUCGCCGAUCUCCACCAGCAGCAGCAGCCUGGCGAGCCGCCGGGAGGAUGUGCCACCUGCGACCCGUGGUGA